AUGCUUCCUGUCAGAAUGAAAUUCCUACAGCUACUGUUCAUGAAAACAGGGAAACUGGAAACACUCUUUUGCCAAAAGCAAUUCCCAUUUAUGUGCCUGGCUACCUCCACAUGUCGUCAUAGUAAAAAGAAAAAAGUGAACAGUUAUGAACUAGUUGACCAAGAAAAAUACAAAAAUUUGGUCUACUCUGUGAUCUCUUACAAAACCAGUGCCCAAACACCAGAGACAAUAUUUGAAGAAGAUAAUUUGUUAUAUGGGCCACCAAAACGACACAGACAUCCAGUUAAAGCUGAAACAAAAGCUCCAAAGAACUUUGUUCCUUUAAUAAACCCCAACAAGAGGAUUCCUCUUCUCAACAAUGAUUCAAACUUCCCCAUGAAAAUCCCUUUACAAGAGAAAAACAAGACAAAAAUGCCCAGUGUUACCCAUAUUCUUCAACAGACUAUUUCUCCGCAGCAAGCCCUUUAUCUGGAAAGAUGGAAGAAGAAAAUGAUACUGGAACUUGGAAAAGAUGGUUUUACAGAGUAUACUAAAAAUCUUUUCCUCCAAGGACAUCUCUUUCAUGCCACUUUGGAAUCCAUAUUCCUGUCUGAAGAGAUGGUAACUAAGGAGCAGAAAGAAGACGUUACUGUUUCUGGCUACUUGUCAAGUGUGGAACAUGUCUUAAAAGAUAUCAGCGAAGUGAGAGCUCUGGAAAGUGCAGUUCAACAUGAAGCUCUUCAGUAUCUGGGCCUGGUAGACUGCGUGGCUAAGUAUCGAGGCCAGUUGUGUGUGAUUGACUGGAAAACUUCAGAGAAACCAAAGCCGUCUUUGAAGAAUACUUUUGACAACCCUUUACAGGUUGCAGCGUAUAUUGGAGCCAUCAAUCAUGAUGCCAAUUAUGACUUCCAGGUUAGCUGUGGACUCAUCGUGGUUGCCUAUAAGGACGGCUCCCCCGCGCACCCACAUUUCAUGGCUCCUGAGCUGUGCUCACAGUACUGGAAUAAGUGGCUUUUGCGCCUUGAAGAGUACAUGGACAACCCCCCCCCCAAAUUAAGCUGCGCAGAGGCAAGUGGUCUCAGCACAGAGCCACAGCAAGAAUCCUUUAAUUAA